GAAAUCACACACCCAUUGGGCAAAUGGAAAAGUCAGUAAAUGAGUAAAUUUUAUCAAGUGUGUUAAACAUUGCUGAUUAUUAAAAUAAAAAAUCAACGAAAUGUCGACUGCAGAAUUAAACCCAAGACCCCUUCGGGUAUCACCAUUAAUCAAGUUUGGAAGAUGGUCUUUUUUGACAGCCGGUAUUGCUUAUGGUCUUUUCCAUCAAAAUAGAUUAAGCAAAAAAGAAGCACUUUGGCGUAUAGAUGAAAAUGAAAAGAAAAAGAUUCGUGAUGUACAAUUAGCUGCAGAAAAGAAAAGAGCUGCAGAUGAGGAAAUGAGGAAUCUUGAAGCCAUGAUGAAAUAGAUAUCAU